CGUUGGCUGUGUUUGGCUUUGGCGAGUAAUCGGUGGAAGAAGCGAAAACUGCGAUGGAGUUGUAUUUAGUUUUUCUAGUGGGACUGACCGUGCACGGAGUGGUUGCUGUGAAGUCAUCGGACGAUACGAAACCGGAACAAGAUAUGGUGGCUGAGGAGAGUGUUAAAGUUCAGGAAAAGCGUGUCAUUGAAGAUUUUGGAAUUGUAUCCGCACCUGAGUUACACAGUGGUUUCGAGCCAUCGUUUGGAUAUGAUGUAGGUGCGACACGACGCACUUUCGGACACAACUUGAACGAGGAUUCCCACAUAACUGAAGAUACUCCAGUCGACGGUGUGAAACAUGUGAUUGUCGAGAAGAGAGUACCAAUUCAUAUCGAUCGGCCUGUACCUUAUCCUGUAGCGGUGGAGAAACGGAUUCCUGUUAUCAUUGAAAAGAAGGUACCAAUCCACAUUGAUCGUCCGAUUCCGUACCCGGUGAAAAUUCCAUAUCCCGUGGAAGUUGAAAAAAAAGUUCCGGUUUACGUCGAGAAAAGGGUACUUGUUGAUCGUCCCGUUCCAUAUCCUGUACAUGUAGAAAAGCAGGUUCCAGUUUACGUGGAGAAGAAAGUUCCAGUUGUGAUUGAGAGAAAAGUACCGGUACAUGUCGAGGUGAAAGUUCCGGUUGUCAAAAAAAUUGAAGUUCCAGUGCCAAAGCCGUUCGCGGUUCACGUACCCAAGCCAUAUCCGGUUUACAUCGAGAAACAAGUCAUCAAACACAUCGAUCGACCUGUUGCCGUCGAAGUCGAGAAAAAGGUCCCUGUUGCUGUGGUGCACAAUGUUGAAGUUCCCCAGCCCUAUCCAGUCUACAUUGAAAAACCUGUCUAUGUAGAGAAACAAGAAGCUCGCGAUGAUGGAGAGAACUACGAUGGGGAUAAUUCACUGAAUGAUUAUAACAAUCAUCAGCAUCAUGGGCAGAGUUCUUACGAUCAACAGCCGCAGUACUCUGAAUCGUCUCAAUCAGAAGCCAAGAAGGAAGCUCCUCAUUCAAGUUCUGUGAAAAUUAAUUAUCAUAUCGAUAGUGAUCACAAAUAAUAGAAAAAAGUACUUCUACAAAUUAAUUAACAUUUACGCAACUCUAGUCGAUCA